AUGCCGCCCACCGAGACCUCCGCCCUCCUCCCGAAGCCUGGAGCACCGGAAUACCCAACAGCUUCAGAUGUCCUGGCGGAGCCGACAGAGCCCGGGGCGCCCGAGUGGAGGACAUGGCUCGGCGAGAUCUGGCUCCUCACCAAGGCCUCGAUCCCCGUCAUAUUAGCCUACACGCUGCAGAACUCCCUACAAACCGUGUCGGUCCUGGUCGUGGGCCGGCUGUCCCCCGAGGCGCUGGCCACGGCUGCCUUCUCGUACAUGUUUGCCAUGGCGACGGCCUGGCUGAUCGCUCUCGGCGGGACCACCGCGCUCGACACCUUGGCCUCGAGCAGCUUCACCGGCUCCUCGAACAAGCACGACCUCGGCAUCCUCCUGCAGAGAGGCAUCUUCGUCCUGUCUCUAUUCUAUGCAGUCGUGGCUGUCAUCUGGCUCUUCUCUGAGCACAUCUUCCGUGCGCUCGGCCAGGAGGAGUUCAUCUGUAUUCAGAGCUCGAGGUUUCUGAUGUGUCUGAUCCCAGGCGGGCUGGGUUAUAUCUGGUUCGAGGCGAUGAAAAAGUACUUACAGGCGCAAGAGAUCUAUCGUCCUGGCACCUACGUUCUCCUCAUCACCUCGCCUCUCAACGCCCUCCUGAACUACCUCUUCAUCUACACCUUCAAUAUCGGCCUGUACGGCGCGCCCCUCGCCACAGGCCUCUCCUACUGGCUCUCCUUCCUGCUCCUCGUCGCCUACACCAUUUUUGUCAAAGGCAGCGAGUGCUGGGGCGGGCUCGCCCCCGCCAGGGCCAUGCACCAUAUCGGCCCCUUUGCGCGCCUCGCCUUGCUGGGAGUGGUCCACGUCGGCACCGAGUGGUGGGCCUUCGAGAUCGUCGCCCUCGCAGCAGGCCGCCUGGGCACCAUCCCACUCGCCGCGCAGAGCGUCAUCAUGACCGCCGAUCAGAUCAUCAACACCGUCCCCUUCGGCCUGGGCGUCGCGGCCUCGGCCCGGCUGGGCAACCUGCUCGGGGCGCAGCGGCCCCACGACGCCAGACGGGCCGCCCACUGCGCCGCGGUGCUGAGCACAGUGCUGGGCGCUGUCAUCUUGGCCGUGCUUAUGGGCACCAAGGACGUCUUCGGCAGGCUGUUCAACGAUGACGAGCGUGUGGUGAAGCUCGUCGCCGAGGUCAUGCCCUACGUAGCCCUGUUCCAGAUCGCCGACGGGCUGAACGGGUCCUGUGGCGGCGUGCUCCGCGGUAUGGGCCGCCAGUGGGUCGGUGCGCUGGUCAACAUCGUGAGUUACUACUGCGGCGCCCUGCCUGGUGGCAUCUACCUUGCAUUCCACGGCUGGGGGCUGGCGGGUCUCUGGGUUGGGCAGUGUGUGGCCCUGUAUCUUGUGGGUGCGUUGGAGUGGGUGAUUGUUGGUAUGAGCAAGUGGGAGAAGGAGGUCGACCGAGCUCUGCAGAGGUUAGAGGCUGGAGGAAUGGGAAGGAGGGCUGAAGAUCCAGACCAGGACUCGAGCACGGUCUGA